GCAACGCUUCUCCUUCCCCCCACUCUCCCUCCCCACUUCUCCUCAUUCGCCGCAGAAAAAAAAAAAACAACCUCGAAACCUCUUCCCACCUGCGCCAAUGGCGCCAGGGCGCGCUGCGGCGUCGGCGGCGGCGGAGGGAGGCUCGCCGGAGCCGCUGGAGGUGCGGUGCGCGGGGUGCGGGGAGACGCUGGAGGUGGAGCCGGGACUGACGGAGUUCAUCUGCCCCGACUGCGCCAUGCCGCAGUCGCUGCCCCCGGAGCUCAUGCCGCCGCCGCCGCCACGGAGGAAGGCGCUGCCCCUGCCCCGCGGCGCCGCCGACGUCCGCGGCGCGCGGCUCCCCUGCGGCGCCUGCGGGGCGCUGCUCAGCGUGCCCGUCGGGCUGGCGCGCUGCGCCUGCCCCAUCUGCGCCGCCGAGCUCGCCGUCGACACCGCGCGGCUCCGGCACUACCUCCUGUCGUCCGCCGCGGUGGAGGGCGCCGUCCCCGUGGUGCCGAUCGGCACCUCGUCGCCACCGCCGAUCCUCCAAGUCCGGGAGGCGCACGAAGAGCAUCCUAAUAUUGCGAGUCGCACGGGACUCAUCCAAGCAGAACCUAACGAUCCACUAAAUCGUAUGGAACAGGGACAUACAAAGCGUCCAAAUCAGCUUCCGGAGCAGUCAGACCCGUAUCGUUCUGAUUACAUGAUGGAUGGAGAAGGGAUACAUGGGGCCAAUGAGAUUAUUAGAAGGCAUCAUAAGCAGAGAAACAGAGAAUCUGUUGGCCGUGGAAUCAUAAGUGCAGAAAAGACACAAGAAAAGCCUCUGAACCAGUUCAGGCAUCAGGCACAAGAUCAACAUUCUAGCUAUGCUUUUCGUAUGAAGCAGACACAUCUAGAUCAUAGAGAUAGAGUUAAUGAAGUACAGGCAGAUUCUAUUGAUCCCACAGUUUUUAGUGAGUCAAGAUGCAUUGCGCUGAUUGAUGAGACUACUGCAACGCGUAUAAAUUGCACAACGGUGCACUCUGUUGGACCCAAACCUAUAAAUGUAGAUAAGAAUCAGGCACAGGCUCCCAACUCCAAGCGGAUCAUACAACAGGCACAAAAACAGCCUUCUUAUAUUGCAAUUUCUCAAGAGAAUGCUCAGGAUAAGCAUGCAGAUGGUGUGGUUCAUGUCCAGGAAAAGCAAUUGAGGACUGCAAGUCAAGUAAACCAUAGACAAGAGACAUGUGCUCAACUGGACAAUCAGACUGUUGCAGGGGAUAGCAGUGGGAGAAUUAGAUGCCCGGAAAAAGAACAAUCGGAACCUUUUAGCUGCACAAUUCGCAAGAGAAAAACGAAGAGUUUGUUGGCUAAUUCAAAUUCAGGUCUUGAACUUAGGCGCAGUAAACGUUUGGCCAAAGAUUCUCCUGCUGCAAAAGACAAAAAACACAGCAAAAACAAGUCUUUUGAGCAGCAGGUUUCUCAAAAUGACCAAGUAUCUGCUGCAGUCAUGGAUACUGAAUCAAUACACAGGGAUCCUGUUGAGAGGCAAGCUGCAUCUUCAACUGGCCACAUGCCAGCUGCCAUCACAGACAGUGAACCAUCAGAAAAUGAGCCUGAUGAUCUGUAUAUGCCUUCUCCAGAUCAGAGUUUGUCUAACUCUCCAGAUAUCGACAGAAUCAUUAACAGCAUAUGCCCUAGUUCAUCCCCUAGGCAUAUGACCCCUGAAAAAGUCUCUAAUGAGUUUGACAACGUCCAGUUAACUACACCACCACCUUCCGAUAUCGACAUGUCUGAUCCUGAGCAUUUUGCAUGUAACUACGUUCCGCAGGAAGUUAGAAAGGCCCUUGCGAAGCUAAGAUCUAGUAAUUCAUCAUUUGAGCGUGCGAUGUCACAGGCAAGUUCUGGUGAUGUGCAUGCAUUAAGUGAUUCUGAAGAUUGCGACGAACGCUGGAAUGUUGGUACCAAGAGGAAUCAAGGGUGUGGUCGUGGUCGUGGUCUUACACUCUGUCUCAAGGUGUGGAAUUUGCCUAAGGGUGUCCGCAUUCCAGUGCUAUUGAACGCUUCGGGGGAGCCUGUUGGGAAAGAGGCAGGCACCUUAUCUACCUUUCUGGGUGCAUUAGCACGUGACGGAAUAUUGGCACCUCUGACACAUCAAGAUUGGAGACGUGUUCCAGAGAAAAACAAGGAUGUGAUGUAUCAUAUUGUCAAGCUCAAAUUUGACAUUGCUCCAGCUGCUGAAUUCUGGAUCAUGAAGUGUAUAGGAAGAAAGUGGAAGAGUUGGAAAGCUCUCUUAAAACAAAAACAUUAUGAUACUCAUGAAACGGUGGAGGAAUGCCUUGCUGAUCAAAAUCCUCGCGUUCUCAAGGAACAGUGGCAAUAUUUAGUUGCAUAUUGGGGUACGGAAAAAGCGAAGGCUGUGAGUAGUCGAAAUAAAGCUUGUCGGGCAAAUGUAACCGCUACGCAUACUGCAGGAACAAAGAGCUUUGCACGGAUAAUUGAGGAGGAGAAGCAGAAGCGGCCUAACAAUGAGGAGCCCACUGCUGCGGAUUUGUUCCUAUUGACUCAUACACACAGAAACGGGAAGCCUAUGAAGAAGGAAAAAGCUGAUAUCAUUGCACGAGUCCGUGAACAAUCUCAUAAGCAAGCCGAAUGCUCAGGAAGUGACUCUGCAGCACACAAAGUCGGACUUGAAUCCUGCUCCAUUGGCCUGCGUGGGAAGAGGGGUCAUCGUCGGAAGGCAGUCUUGCAGGCAUCCUUCAAGGAAGCUGAGGAGGCUAAAAGAAAGGCUGAAGACGAGGCAGCGACGCUGAGGAAGAAGAUGGUGGCAAUGGAAGAAAGUCAGAAGAAACUGCAAGAGGAUUUGGCGAAUAUGAAGAGUACAGUUAGUGCUAUGCAGAAGACGACGUCAACUGGUGACCUAUCGGAUGGUCAAACGCAAAACUUUCCACAGGUCCAAAAUUCACGAAGCGCUCAUGAGAUUUUGCAGCCAUAUCUUGACUACUCUGCACUGUACGAUCCUUCUGCCUCCCCUAGUCCACGAUUUCGAUGAUAAUCGCACCACAGACAAUGCCAAUAUGCAUGGUUGAUUCCAUCUUGAUCGUGGAAUGGUGUAUGAAACGAAGAGGUUUAGACGUUUAGUUGGCCGUUCAUGUGUAAUGUUGGCUCUCUAAACCCGGAGCCCAGUGCUUGUACUCUUCUGUUUUAUUGGCUACUGUAACAGGAUACUCUCUUCUGUUUUGUUUACACUGACUAGAACUACUUCACUUCGCA